AUGGAGCCUAGGGGUGCCAGGCUGCGGAGGAGAGAAGGGCAGGUGGGGGAACAGGAUGAGCGACCCUCUGGAGAAGGUGAGCCACCCCUCGUUCUGCAGAGCCCUGGCUCCCCCUGCUUCAGUAUCCCCCUCCUCCUAGGAAACUCUGAGACACACAGAGCCCCAGACUUGGUGCAAUGGACCCGACAUAUGGAGGCUGUGAAGACACAGUUGCUGGAGCAAGCACAGGGACAACUGGCUGAGCUGCUGGAUCGGGCCAUGUGGGAGGCCAGGCAAACCUGCCCCCAGCAAGACAGACCUCUGCCCUCCACUGCCCCAGGCCCUAUGAGCCCGACCCAGGAGCCUUCCCUUGGGAAGCAGAAAGUUUUCAUCAACCGAAAGUCACUGCUUGAUGAGCUGAUGGAGAUACAGCAUUUCCGCACCAUCUACCACAUGUUCAUUGCUGGCCUGUGUGUCUUGAUCAUCAGCACCCUGGCCAUCGACUUCAUUGAUGAGGGCAGGUUGAUGCUGGAGUUUGACCUACUGAUCUUCAGCUUCGGACAGCUGCCCUUGGCGCUGGUGACCUGGGUCCCCAUGUUCCUGUCAACUCUGCUGGCACCCUACCAGGCCCUGAGGCUGUGGGCCAGGCCUGGGGCCAAGGGCCUGUGGAUUCUGGGGGCAGGCCUGGGCUGCACCCUGUUGGCGGCCCACGCAGCAGUGCUCUGUGUCCUCCCUGUCUACGUGGCCGUGGGGCAUCAGCUCCCGCCGGCCUCCCGCUGUGUGCUGGUCUUUGAGCAGGUCAGACUCCUGAUGAAAAGUUAUUCCUUCUUAAGAGAAUCUGUGCCCAGGAUCCUUUGUGCCAGAGGAGGUAAGGGCACCUGGGUCCCCAGUUUCUCCAGCUACCUCUAUUUCCUCUUCUGCCCCACACUCAUUUACAGAGAGACAUACCCCAGGACCCCCAGCGUCAGGUGGAAUUAUGUGGCCAAGAACUUUGCCCAGGCCAUGGCCUGUGUGCUUUAUGCCUGCUUUAUCCUGGGCCGUCUCUGCGUGCCCGUCUUUGCCAACAUGAGCAGGGAGCCCUUCAGCACUCGUUCCCUGGUGCUCUCCAUCCUGCAUGCCACGGGUCCGGGCAUCUUCAUGCUGCUCCUCAUCUUCUUCGCCUUCCUGCAUUGUUGGCUCAAUGCCUUUGCUGAGAUGCUGCGGUUUGGAGACAGGAUGUUCUACCGGGACUGGUGGAACUCCACAUCCUUCUCCAACUACUACCGAACCUGGAAUGUGGUGGUCCACGACUGGCUCUACAGCUACGUGUACCAGGACGGGCUGAGGCUCCUGGGUGGCCGGGCCCGAGGCGCGGCCAUGCUGGGUGUGUUCCUGGUAUCAGCGAUCGUGCAUGAGUACAUCUUCUGCUUCGUGCUGGGGUUCUUCUACCCCGUCAUGCUGAUGCUCUUCCUUGUCUUUGGGGGGCUGCUGAACUUUACCAUGAAUGACCAGCACACAGGCCCCGCCUGGAACGUCCUGAUGUGGACCUUGCUGUUCCUGGGCCAGGGCAUCCAGGUCAGCCUGUACUGCCAGGAGUGGUAUGCCCGGCGGCACUGUCCCCUGCCGCAGACGACUUUCUGGGGGAUGGUGACACCUCGUUCUUGGUCCUGCCACCUCUAGAGGUCAGGGUCCUGAUGGCGCCGUCGAUCCCUCCUGCGAAGACUGGGGUGAGCUCACCUCGCUGUAUCCUCACACCCCACGCUGAGCCAAGGGCCUGUGCCCAGGACCUGCCGGGAGACCAAAGGGACUUGUGUCCCCUCAGCAUGCAGUGACCCUUCAGCACCCGUCCCUCUGCAGGGAUCGAGCACAGGUCACCUUCCUACCCAUGGCUGUCCAGACCUAGAGAGGCUGGAGGGACCUUACAAAUUUGGUGAAUGGGGCUGGGGCUCAGAGAAACCACAGCUACCAAUGCUUAAGAAGGGUUUCUUC